UCUGAGUUUUAUAACUGCAGAGCAGCAGAGGACAGAAACGCACAGUCAGAUCAGUCUCCCCGGUAUUAUGGACGAAUACAGGGAAAUAGCACUGCUGUAUGCAGACAAUACAAGGAGAAAGGUCAACGAACUUUGCUCAGAACUGGAGGCAUGGCAGGUCAUUGCUUAUUCUGUUGGGGUCACAUUGCUUCUGAACUGGCUCUACCACUUCCUGUGUCAUCCAAGGCUUACUCUGAAGCAGCGCAUCAUGAAAACCUUUUUCAACGUUGUGAAAAGCCUUCCAGUUAUUAAAGACAAGAUAAAAGCAGAGAUUGAUAAGAAUGUAUCUGAUAUCGCCAGAGAUCUGUUUCCCCUGAGGCCUGGCGAUAGCUACAUCACUGAGCUACCCGCUAAGGGCCUUAGCAAAGAGAACAUUAUGAACAAGGUCAAUAAAGAUUAUAAACCCAUGGGUGGUAUCGACUGGAAGGGAGGCAAGGUAUCCGGGUGUGUGUAUGGAGGUACUGAUGAAAUGGCAGCCCUGGCAUCACAGAUGUACGAAGACUUUGCUUGGACCAACCCGCUUCAUCCGGAUGUUUUCCCUGAUGUACGGAAGAUGGAGGCGGAGAUUGUUGCCAUGACGCUCAGAAUGUUCAAUGCUCCCAAGUCAGGCUGUGGCACAAUGUCUACUGGCGGUACUGAAAGCAUCCUGAUGGCAUUGGCCGCAUAUCGAGAUUUAGCUACAGAGAGGGGCAUUGAAUACCCAGAAAUCAUUGCCCCUGUCUCAGCCCACGCAGCGUUUGAUAAGGCUGCUCAUUACUUCCGAAUGAAGCUCGUUCAUGUGCCGCUAGUUCCAGUAACACAACAAGCCGAUGUCAGGGCCAUGAGACGCAAGAUUAACAAGAGGACAGCAGUUCUUGUGGGCUCAGCACCGAUGUUCCCACAGGGAGUCAUGGACCCUAUAGAAGCUAUUGCAGAGCUCGGUGACUACUACGGCAUUCCAGUGCACGUCGAUUCCUGUUUGGGUGGAUUCCUGGUGCCUUUCAUGGACAAAGCUGGUUUCCCUUUGGCUCCGUUUGAUUUCAGACUCAAGGGCGUUACAAGUAUAUCAGCUGAUACCCACAAGUAUGGAUACGCCCCUAAAGGCUCUUCUGUGAUCAUGUAUCGAGAGAGGAAAUUCCGCCAUUCUCAGUUCUUUGUGUCCCCUGAUUGGACGGGGGGCAUCUAUGCCACGCCCACUAUUGGAGGAAGUCGAGCUGGAGCCAUUAUUGCUGCAUGUUGGGCUACCAUGAUGUUUUUAGGUGAGGAUGGAUACGUAGAGAAUACAAGGAAGAUUGUCUCUGCUGCAAGGAAGAUUACUAAGGAGCUUCAUCAGAUUCCGGGCAUCUUCAUCUACGGUAAUCCUGAGGUGAGCGUGGUCGGGGUCGGGUCAAAGGUCUUCAACAUCUACCGUCUAUCGGGAGCCCUCACAAAGCGAGGUUGGAAUCUCAAUUCUCUUCAAUUUCCUUCAAGCUUCCAUUUGUGUGUGACCCUCCGUCAGACGUUUCCUGGAGUAGCGGAACAGUUCAUCCAGGAUGUUAAAGAGUGUACCGAAGAGAUAAUGAAGACGCCCAACGAGAAGGCAUCAGGAAGUGCUGCUAUGUAUGGGACUGCACAGGCCAUUCCAGAUCGCUCCUUGGUGACGGACCUUGCCAGAGGAUACCUUGAUGCCUACUACUCCACGGACCCCAUAGAAUAAGCACUGAAUGUGUCAUGAUCUUUAUAGUUGUAUCUUAAUUGUAACAUGGGUUUCAAUAAUCCGAAGAAUUCACAAGAGAUUAAAGUACUGGUCGAAUUUGCUCUUGAAGGGAGUAUGUCUUUGUGGAUGCUGUGGACAGUAGUACAUGUACGUGUGUGUGUGUGUUCACUGGUCGUCACAGGCAUAUGAUAAUUAUACAUAAAUGUACUUGCUAUAACAAUUAUCAUUGAUUCUAUCACUCUGUGUGCAAAAAAAGCUUGUUGUAAUUAAACAUCAAUACAACUCAAAGGAAAGUAUUUGGAAAAGGUUGAAUCCUUUUGUUGUGGAAGAAACGGUAAUUGCUCGAUACAGUGUAUGUUCCGAUUGUAUUCUUAAUUUCCUUUUUAUUUUGUAUAUACAUAUUAUCAUAUGUAUUUAAUUGUUUAUCAGUGCCUUUAAAUUAAAUGAAUACAAAAUAUUUCAUAGUUCAUAAAGUAAUUUUAGAUUUUCCCUUCAUCAACAGAUGGGACAAGUGAAUUAUUCAUUUCUGUUAUGGUAAUGGUGUUGGUGAAUUAUGCUAUCUUUUGAUUUGGUGAUCUUUGAUGGUUUGCAUAGUGGUACAGGUAAUGCUGGAGUGUUUUAAGGUUCACUAUGUCAUUACUCCUGAAAAGAACUGUUAGGUGGUAGAGAGAUACGUAGAGAUGAAAAUUGAAAGGUGAGAAAGAGAAAGACGAGGUGAAAAUUGAUAGGUGAGAAAGACGAGAGUGAGGAGUAUAUUUUGUAAUGUAAGGUGAGGUCUUUAAAGGACUUAAACCAGGUGAUGACUGACAGUCAAGCUGCGCAGAACUUUGAGACGCUUCAUCGCUUCUACUCAUCACCGCUCAUCUACCUGUUACUGCCAGGCUUUCUCGGCUUAUCUCAUCAUCAUCUGGCACCAGGUGGGUGUUUCAUAAAGCUGUUUGUAAGUUAAGAGCCACUUUAAGAACGACUGGUGAUCCUUUCUUAUGGUAAAUGGUAUAUUCAUUGGCGAUGGUUUAGCGCGUAAGAAAGGAUCACCAGUCGUUCUUAAAGUUGCUCUUAACUUACCAACAGCUUUAUCAAAUGGCCCCCGGGACUUCUCAACUCAUUUCAUCUGGUUUAUUGUCCUUUUAUGUCACAAAAGAUACUUCUCUCUAGGCCUUGAGGUUUGCCUUGGCCUUGGGGGUUCGGGCCUUGACUACAACACCAUUUUACUCUAAUAUUUCAGUUUCAUCUCUAUCAUUACUCCACCCAACAGUCCUUUUCAGGACUAACCACAUCGUGAGCCAAACUUCUGCCACGUUAUCUUAGGUUUGUUAUUUUUGUAUUUCAUGUCAUUUUGUAAUUUUCUAUCUGCGAUCACCAGCAUAAUUAUGAGGAAUAUUCAACAAACAUUCACUGUUGUUUUCUACUAUUAUACUUUACAUUCCAUUUUGAAAGUGACAUGUUUCUUUUGUGAUGAAAACAUUCAUUUUUACUUGCCAUGUGCAAUGACAUAUAAUUUUGACCUCCCAAACAUUUUUGUUUUAAUGCUGUUCUCAACAUGUUUUCUCACGAUUUGUAUUACUCAAUGUGCUACUUAAAUUAAAGUAUAUAAAAAAAGAGAUAAGAAAAAAUGUAUCAUAGGAAAUAUUGAGAUUUAUUUUGAUAGCUUGAAGCUUACUUUUUUUUUUACUAACCGAGUACUAAUUACUAAGUACUAAUUAAGAAUAUAGCUGUUUUUACAAAUUUCAAAGUGAUGGAAUUUAUGUGUAUAAAUUGGGUGAAUUGUUAUAAAUAAUAUUCUAUGUUACAACGUGUAUUAAUACAAUAUUAUUUGACAUCUAAAUUAUAUAACUCGACAUGUUUAGUUGAUUUAUACUACUUUAAUUGUAUUUAAAUUAUUGAUUUUGUAAGGAAUUAAAAUGUCCACCCGAGACUACCUCUGGGGGUGGUUUCGUUAGGCUCGCUGAAAGUUGACCCGAGGUUGGUUUGACAUGUUUACAUCUAACUUCAUUCCUACCCAAGGUUUGCCCCGGGCCUGCCUCAGGAAAGCACUUUUCUAGAUGUAACAGGGUUCUUAGUCUAAUGCCAAAUUGGUCUCAUUUCCACGUUGUCUACUUAGUAUUAUUUAUGUUGUCAAUUGAAAAUUUGGUUCAUAAACAGUCAAUAGACUUAGUGAUGUUAGACCAAGAAUGCUUUAUGCAAAUAGGUAUAGCCGGCCUAACUGGGAAUAGGACUGAAUAGUUAAUAGACCAAACGAUUGAUAUAUAGAUGAACUGGUUUAGAAGAACUAGGAUUAGAUCAUGUAAAAUUAAACCAAAUGGAAAAUAGACCAAGGGGCAAUUUACCUUCAUAGUGGCUUCAAAGGUUUACCUUUCAUGCCUGAUAUUAUAUUAAUCAGUGAUGUACAGGUGGAGGGGUGGGGGGUUGCCCCCCCCCCAAAAAAAAAAAAAAAAAAAAGAACCCCAAAAUUCACAACCAAGAGAAAAAAAAAGGAAAGAAAAGGUAGAAAGAGAAGGGUAAAAUAUAUUUUUUUUCUGAAUAUAUAAAAUCUAUCACAAAUUUGAUUUUUUGUAAUAAGUCCAAAUUUUUGCAAUCUCGCUUUGCUCACUCGCAACUUUUUAAAAUAAAUUUUACCUUAUAUGCCAUAUCUGGCCCCCUCAAAAUAUUUGGCUUGUUGUGCCAUUGAUAUUUAGAAGGCUCAAGAUUUGGGGACAUGAUUUUGAUAUGGUGAUAAGCUAAUUAUCACUUAAAAAGUCUCAAAGUCCAAUGGUUAACAGUGAUUAGAGAAGUUCAGUACCCAUGCCACAGUGCUUUUAUUAUAUCAAUUUCAUACCUUUAAUAAAAGUAAAUUAAUUGUAUUUACCCUUACAUUACACAAAUAUUUUUUUCUCUAAUAUUACAAUCUAAAUCAAGUUUUCCCCAGAAAAUUUGUGUUAUUUGGACAUAAUUUAAAUACUUCAGCAAGCAAAAUUGUCUUCAGGCAGACUGAUUAUUUCUAUAUUGUUCGUUAAAUUACUAUUUUCUGUUUUUAUUACAAUCAUGUAUGCAUUAAGAAUUUCUAGUCUGGUUGUCUGAUGUGUGCACUACAGGAGGUGUCCAAAUUUUGUAUGAUUACAAGUAUAACUUGCUAUUCAUAAAAAAAUGUAAAAAUGUGAACAGAAUGUCAUGGAAAUCUGAUUGAAUUGAAUAGUGUAAUGCAAAAAGGGAAAUAAAUAAAACAUGUAUACAUUCAGUUAAAACUGAGUAAAUUUCAGUUGAUCUUUGGCCCUAAUCAAUAUCAUGUAAAACAUUAGAUUUUUUUCUGAUAAUAUAUUUAAAGAUAAACACCAGUUGUGGUAACGAUCUCAAAAUGAGUUCGAAGAGAAUCCAAAAUGACCACCGAAGUGUUGUUUGUAUGAAUAAAAAAUAUGUGCCAAAUGGCUCUGGAAAAAAUGUGUAAUUGCUGAAAAAUUAGCAAAGUAAAUAAGGAAUUCCAUAAAAUGUCGGUUAUUUUCCAAACAAUAUUAAUACACUGUCCCACAUGUGCCUUUUUUGUGUUAGUGAUCAUCAGAAUGAUCAGUUUCACCUAAGAUUCCAUGAUUUCACAAGGAUAAGUUUAUUUCAAUGUACCAGAUCUAGAUCUAUGAAAACAUGGUGGCAAUUAACCUUGAUUUAAAAGACUCUCAUGAACAUGAAAUUAACUAUAGAACAAUUGGGUAGAAUGAUAGCAAUGAAUAUUUAAAUAUAUGACUACUCAGUGUACAUGAAUGUGCACUUACAAAAAAAGUAUAAAAAUAUGACGAGCGUUAACAAUUGAAAGUUGUGUGUGAUGACUUGUUAGAUCCAAUACUCGUGAAGAUGUCUUUUACAGUCACUUAAAUUAAAUCAUAAUUAUUUACAAAUUAUAAA